GUUUUAAUAUCAUAACAUUGAUCUAGGCCAUUGGGAAUUUUAUCAAAUGAUUAUCAGAUAGUCAGAUAAUUGCAGAAGGCAAUAUAAACAAAGGGAUUUGCACAUUUUCUGCAGUUAGAAGACAGUUGAUCAAGCAACAUGUUGAAGUUAAUCACUAUUUUGGCUGCAGUGGCAGUAUGCCAUGGACAGACCGUAGUAUAUACCCUAUACAAAAAAAAUGGCGAAUUUACAUCUAUGAUUCCCAACAACCCCAUACCAGACUUGUUUAAACCAGCAGAACAAACAAUAUUCUUAAUACACGGAUAUAAUGGCAAUACAGUGAGAUUUAACAGAGAAGUCCGAGAAGCUAUUCUUAGAAAUUUAGGUCAAAACAAUGACGAUAACGUUAUUGAGGUUGACUGGACACAAGGAAUGGGUUCAAGUUACACACAAGCAAGGCUGAAUGUGGAAAAUGUUGCUAACGAAUUGGUUGAAUUUAUACAAUGGUUAACAACUCUGCAGUCUGAUAACUUACAACCAACAACGACGACGAAUGAAACACCAGAAAUUACGGCGAAUACCGAAGAAAUGCACUUGGUUGGGUUUGACCUUGGAGCGCACGUAGCUGGAAUUGCUGGUAGACUUCUUCGAGCUAAUUCUAAAGAAAUUGGUAGAAUCACCGGUUUAAACCCAGCGGGACGUCAAUGGGGAGCUGGUUCCAGACGCUUGUACCGAGGUGAUGCUAAAUAUGUGGAAGUGAUUCACACGGAUACUCUAGGUGCCCUUGCUUAUGGUAUCGGAGAUCCUAUUGGCAAUGUAAACUUUUACGUCAACGGAGGAAAUAAUCAACCAGCAUCAAUGAGCAACCCGAAUCUACGAGGAUAUAGAUGUUCUUCUAUGACACAAAUGAACCUAAAUUUAUGUCGUGGAGACGGUCUCGAAUUAGGUGGUACUGAAAUAUCUAAAGGUGUUGAAAUAUCGAGCAAUUUCAUCUACAGGAUCAACACAAGAAGGCCUCCGUUCAACUAAAGCAUAAUGAAUGAAGUCUAAUGAAUGUAUAUGUAUUUAAUAAACGAUUACUUUUUCAAAUACCAUUUACUUUUAUUUUUAUUGUCUACCUACCUUGUAUAAUCUAAAAUUGUAAAAUU